AUGGCCUUGUCUUUCACUGAAAAGCCCCCGCAGGGGAGGGUUCCUUAUGCGAUCCCGCAAUUGGAGGGUGAACGCAUCACGAUUCCGGGGAGCAAAGGAGCCUUUCGUAUCCUGGCUUCCUCUAAGCAGACCAAUGGCCUCAUGGCUGUCUUUCAGAGCGGGGCUGUCCUUUCAGACGCCCCGGGCUUUCACUAUCACAACCACGCCCACGAUGUCUUCCUGGUGACCAAAGGCUUCUUGAAAUUAUGGAAUGGAGACAAAUGUCGGAUAAUGGGGCCUGGAGAUUUCGCUUAUGUCCCUCCUACUGUGGUUCAUAACCCGGAACUACUGGGACCACAUACCGAGACCUACGGCGUCGUCACUCCCGGCGACUGGGUCGACUUCUUCCGCUAUGUGUCCGAGCCUUAUGAGGGUAUUCUGGUUCCCGAGAACGAUGAUCGCGACCUCAAGGCUCUGUUAAUACCCAAAGUGAUGGCUGCGAAGCAGGACUUUGACGUCGUGUUCCAACCACACUACCAACCUCCUGCACUAGGGGAGUGGAGUGCAGAAGAGGAGAAGCUCCCCGAGUCGUCACAACCAUACUUUCUGCGCGCCAACACGGGCCCCAAAUGGAUGCUGGGAGGUGUCAUGUCCCGACCGUUUAUCACCACCCGCCAGAGUCAGGGUGUUUGCGCUAUUUCCAGCAUUGAAUCCUCUAAGACCUACGGCGAAACUCUACUUUCUAAAUUCUUGACCUUCCAGUCGGUUGAUCACUGUUUAUGUGUUCAGGAGGGGACAUUGACCGUCCAGCUGAAGGAUGGCCCCGAGUCAACUUUCCGCGAAGGAGAGACAGUUGUGAUCCCGGCCGGUCAGGCGUUCGCUCUAAGAUUUGCCAGUCGGUAUGUGCGGGUCUGGUCAUUUACCGACGGCGAUGGCAUUGAGACUUUGAUCCAUCGGUUGGGCACACCAUUCGAAGGUGCUGUCCUACCUGACCAAGUGCCGGAGUGGAACCCGGCGGAGGUUGGGUCUGUGGCGUCCGAGUUGAAUGUGACCAUUGAACUCUAG